CAUACAUAUCUCCAUUGAACACAGUAGGCUAUUCGAUUUCCAGAAGUAGAAUACAUUCUUCUUAAUUACAAGUUUAGUUUCGUGGGAGGGAGAUAUUUGACAAUGGAUCGUUUCGUCGAAAACCACUUCUUCAGUAGACUUUUUUUGGUGCUGUUGUUGCCGUUUUUCAUGAUCUUGGCUGGAGCAUUAUCGCUCUCAGAUAGUAUAACAGGCUUUGAUUGCGACAAGCUUCUUCAAUGGCCUCAAUAUGCCGUCUUUGCUUUGAUGAUCAUCGUCUGGCUUGCCAUCUUCCUGGGCUCCUGCUUCAGGGUCACAUGGCUGCCCUUGGCCGCUACGUUUCUCUUCUUUCUUCUCGUCUUCUCUUUCACUGUAUUCGCCUUCCAAGUCACUGGACAGGGAAAACUAGGGCACGAAGAAUACCGAUUGGGGGACUACUCAAAUUGGCUCCAGAAGAGAGUGGAGAAGAGCAGCGACUGGAACAAAAUCAAAACCUGCCUUCAGGACGCCAAAGUAUGCAACAAAAAUGCUGAUUGUUCGAGAAAUUAUGGCGCAAAUUUUUCCAGAAAUUUAUCCUCAUUUCAGUUCGGCUGCUGCAAGCCUCCAACCUCUUGCAACUUUGUGCAUGUGAACGGAACUUAUUGGAGUUCCAGAGCAGGCAACUUUACAGACGUGGAGUGUAAGAGAUGGAGUAAUGAGCAGGAUGAACUGUGUUAUAACUGUGAUUCGUGCAAGGCAAGUGUGCUGGCAAACGUGGAGAGCGACUUGGGUCAGGUUGCUGUUCUCAAUAUUCUGAUGCUCUUUAUUAUGGUUGUGGGAUGUUGUGGGUUGAUAUUAUAUGUGCUUUUUAAGGAUCGACGGCCGUCUUAUAUCUGUGAUUCAGGGAUGAACUAGAAAUGAACAGGAUCUGUGAUAAAACUGCGAUUCAUGCCGAGUAGGCCAUCGACGUUUUUUCCUAAAAAGAUUUCACCGGCUUAUUAUUUGUUUUUACUCUCUCCACAUCAAACACGUCUCUGUCAUUUUUACUCAUCGAAAAUCCUUUGUUCGGAUCAUCAAUCAUUCACGAGCUGUGCAGAAAAAAAUGUAAGAAUUAUGUUUAGUUGUGUGGUUUCACUGUAUCUAUGCAGAUAGAUUAUUAUCUUUGUUAGGAUGCAAAUAUAUUAUUAUAUUUGUUAACAAUUGUUGGAUUUUCCCAGUUAAGAUGCUUAUAGAGCUUGCUUUCCAUUUAGCGAAUUUGGCCUCCAACCAUUCAUUGAUGCAAAAUCAGCAUUUCAGUGCUUAAUGAAACUUGAUUAAGAAAGCAGUUCUCAGAAAAGUCCUUAAAUGUGUCAUACUUUUUCAAGAAGCAUAGAUUAAUCUAGAAGAAAACUAAUUGUGUUA